AUGAGGACCAGCUUAGCUAUGGCAGCUACUACGCUGCUCGGAUCCGCUUCAGCUGGCAUCCAUCGCAUGAAGCUUCAGAAGAUACCAUUCGAACAGCAGCUUAAAAAUGCGAACAUUGGUGAUCUUGCCGGAGCUCUUGCUCACAAAUACGGCCCCCAGAAGAUCAUGGGUCAGCCAUCGGAGGAUAUAUUUCAUCAUACUUCUAUCGACGCCGAUAAAGGCCACACGGUCCCGGUUGAGAACUUCUUAAAUGCUCAAUAUUUCAGCACCAUCGCUUUGGGCUCGCCAGCUCAAGAAUUCAACGUUAUCCUCGACACCGGCAGUUCAAAUCUUUGGGUUCCCGGCUCGGAAUGUGGUUCCAUCGCCUGUUACCUGCACACCACGUACAACGCCGAGGACUCUUCGACCUACAGAAAGAACGGGUCUGAGUUCGCGAUUCGAUACGGUUCUGGCAGCGUCAAAGGGUACAUCUCACAAGACACCCUGCGAAUUGGCGAUCUCGAGAUCAAGAAGCAAGAUUUUGGUGAAGCGACAGAAGAGCCUGGCCUGGCCUUCGCUUUUGGCCGCUUUGACGGUAUCCUUGGGCUAGGCUAUGACACCAUAGCUGUCAAUCACGUUACUCCCCCAUUCUACAACAUGCUUGAUCAAGGUCUUCUUGAUGAGCCUGUGUUCGCCUUCUAUAUCGGUGGUGAUGGCGAACAAUCUGAAGCAAUCUUCGGAGGUAUCGACAAGGACCAUUAUACCGGUAAGAUGGUGAAGAUUCCGCUACGCCGCAAGGCAUAUUGGGAGGUUGAUCUCGAUGCUAUUACCUUUGGCUCAGAAACAGCUGAAUUCGAUAACACUGGUGUGAUUCUUGACACCGGCACUUCCUUGAUUGCUCUUCCAUCAACCCUUGCAGAGCUUAUCAACAAGCAAAUUGGUGCGAAGAAGAGUUUCAAUGGCGCGUACACGGUGGACUGCAGCAAGAGGACCUCCGCACCAGACAUGACUUUCAAUCUAUCUGGCUACAACUUCACCAUCAGUGCUGCGGAUUACAUCAUCGAAUCCGGAGGUAGCUGUCUGAGUGGCUUCAUUGGUCUUGACAUCCCUGAGCCUGCCGGACCAUUGGUUAUUCUCGGUGACGUAUUUUUGCGAAGAUACUACAGUGUCUAUGAUCUGGGCAACAAUGCGGUUGGCUUGGCUGCGGCUGCUUAG